AGAGUCAGUAAAAAAACUACUUUAGUUACUUGUUUUCUGUAGUAAAAAACAGGACUGAAUAUUGUGAUUUCAUGUAUGCACCACCUACUAAGAAUGCUUGACAUUUAGUCAACUUGUGGUCGGUUUUUUUGUUUUUGUUUUUCUUUUAGGUACAGGUUGUUUCCAGAUCUCCUGGGGCCAACUGUCAUUAACUACUCUGGUAUAAAAGAGCCUGACAUAAUUUCUAGCCUUAAUCACAAAAGGUGGUAAAUACUUUAUACCUAAUUCUCACAACGAAUCUGCAUGCAUACAUUAUUGCCUGUAAGACAGACAGCUGUAAAGGACCAUGACCAACUGAACUGAGAUUUGUACAUUUUAUCAUUGUCAGCUACUUGAGCUCUUCAUACGUGAAAAAGUAGCAAAGCAGAUCUUUGACAGUAUUCGGAUGAUAGAAGAGACUGACAGAAGUCGUGGUAGAAUGAAAACUAAAGCUGUUGUGCUUUUUGCUUGUGUCAUCUUCAUGGUUUUUCUUAUAGUUGAAAUCGGGUGUGCUCCAAAGGGUAAAACCAUAGUGAGAAACUGGGGCCCACAAUCAAUUCUAUAUCUCAAAGGACGCUAUGGCAGGAGAUACACCUCUGAAAAGGAUGAACAGUACUACAAGCUUAACCUGGAGGACUUCAGCGCAUUUUUAAAAAGCUGUGUUCAAAACCACUGAACAUCCUGAAAAUCAGAAGAUUUAAAGCCCAAAGCAUGGAUGUUAGAUGCUUGGAAUAAAUCAAAGCUUUCCUUUGUUUGCUACAAACAUCUCAUUCUGAGAAACAAUAAUAAAUAUUUUAACUGAAUGUUAAUACUGCAGAUGUCACAGUGUAAGUCUCUUUAAGAUAUGCAUGCAUUAUAUCAUCUUGUUCCAAGAGAAAUCUUCAUUAAACUUACAUUUGAAAGUUAAUAAAACUAAAUGCUUGCUAAUACAACUCAUCUUGUUUUCUUUUUCCUUACACUAUAUGAAAGAUAUGACAUAAACUUAAAAGCUUGUAUGUACCUUUAUAAUUUUCUUAGUUGUCUGCGAAAAGCAGCAGAGCUCAAAACGUAAGCAUUUUUUGGCUCUUCUUAGAGAACCUGUCACCUGUCAAUAUUGUGAUGCUACAAUAUUCAUCUAACUUCAUGAACUAUUUUUAGCUUCUCCCUGUGUCUGAGCCUAUCACUCUUCCGUACCAGUCUGCCAAAGAUAAUGAGGUGUC